GCUGCAUGUCAUUUCUGCCCCGCUUCCAACCUGCACCGAUGUUUUGUUUGUCUGUGAUGAAAUCCCCGACUGUGUCGUUGCUGUUGCUGCUGCAGCUGCUGCUUCUGUCUCGGCACAAGCGAAGGGAAUCUGUCGUGACCUCCCGCACGUGAGGACUAGAACCGCAGAGGAGGACGCGCGGAGCGGGAGGGAAAGGGAGCAGCGCCGGGGCGCAGUAGGAGUCAGGUGGUGGUGGUGGUGCUGCUGCUGGAUGAGAGGCUGACUAGGCAUUUCUCCCCGGUGACAGAGACAAUCUCAGCGCCGCAUCUUCUCGCAUCCUCCGCCCUCCUCCUCCUCCUCCUCUCCCGCUGCUCUCCACGGCUACAGCAGCAGCACCUCUCCUCCUCCUCCUCUCCUCCUCCUCCUCCUCCGACCAUGGCCCUGGUGACACUGCAGCGCUCCCCCACUCCCAGUGCAGCGUCCUCGGCCAGCACGACCAACAGCAGCGCGGGGGAGGAUUUUGGAAGCGACGAUGACCGGAAAACGAAUCAAAGUCUCAGUGAGAGCUUCUUCAUGGUCAAAGGUGCUGCCCUCUUCCUCCAGCAGGGCGGCAACACAGAAGAACCAAAGACACCAACCCACCACAAACAUGCAGGUGAUUUACCGCAGCACCUGCAGGUCAUGUUCAAGAUCCUCCGGUCUGAAGAUCGCAUUAAACUGGCUGUACGGUUAGAGAGCGGCUGGUCAGACCGCGUGCGCUACAUGGUCGUCAUCUACACCAGCGGUCAUCAAGAUACAGAGGAAAACAUCGUCCUGGGAAUGGACUUCACAGACAAGGACAGUAAAAAUUGUUCAAUCGGGAUGGUGCUGCCACUGUGGAGUGACACCAACAUACAUUUAGACGGAGACGGGGGUUUCAGCGUGAACACAGCGGGGCGGUCACAUGUCUUCAAGCCUGUGUCUGUGCAGGCCAUGUGGUCUGCCCUGCAGGUGCUACACAAAGCGUGCGAGGUGUCGCGCCGGUUCAAUUAUUUCCCCGGUGGUAUUGCUCUCACGUGGAUGGCCUUCUACGAGAGCUGCAUCACCUCCGAGCAGAGCUUCAUCAACGAGUGGAACGCCAUGACUGACCUGGAGACGACGCGGCCCGAUUCACCCAGCAUGUUUGUCGACCGGCCAACAGAGCGAGAGAGAACAGAGUGCCUUAUUAAAGCCAAGUUACGCAACAUCAUGAUGUUUCAAGACCUGGAGAACAUCACGUCCAAGGAGAUCCGUAACGAGCUGGAGCAGCACAUGAGCUGUAACCUGAAAGAGUACAAGGAGUUCAUAGACAACGAGAUGCUUCUGAUCCUGGGUCAGAUGGACAAGGCCACGCUUAUCUUUGACCACGUGUACUUAGGCUCUGAGUGGAACGCUUCAAACCUCGAAGAGCUACGUGACUGUGGAGUGGGCUACAUCCUGAACGUUACCAGAGAGAUCGACAACUUCUUCCCGGGCAUGUUCUCAUAUCAUAAUGUCCGAGUGUACGACGAGGACGCCACGGACCUGCUGGCCCACUGGAACGACACCUACAACUUUAUCGUCAAAGCAAGGAAGAACAACUCCAAGUGCCUGGUGCACUGUAAGAUGGGGGUGAGUCGCUCGGCCUCAACAGUGAUUGCUUAUGCAAUGAAGGAGUACGGCUGGUCUCUGGAGAAAGCCUACAACUUUGUCAAGCAGAAGCGGAGCAUAGCUCAGCCCAACUCUGGCUUCAUGAGACAGCUGGCGGAGUACGAGGGAAUCCUGGACGCCAGCAAACAGCGUCACAACAAGCUGUGGAGGCCUGAAACGGACGAGGAGGGAUCGGACGGUCUGCAGGCCUCUGGUCACAGCACUGGUGGAGAAGAGACGCCAGUGCUCAGAGAGGAUGAAGCCUGGGGAGGCUGUGGUGCAUCUCCCUGCAGGGGUAUGGGUUUGGAGAUGGAGCCCCUCGACUCUCUUAAUUAUAAUUACUAUUUUAGACGUUUGUCGGACUCUGCCUUAGACAGUGAGCCCUCCACCCCAGUGCGUGGCCCCCCGCUGCUUGGUAUGGAAAGAGUUUUCAUAGAGAUUGAAGACGUGGAGAGAGACGCACUGUUGGAGGACGAGGGCUUCCCCAUGGCACACUUAGCUCUGCCCGGCGAGGGCACGGCGGCCCAGACGUGCGGACGCCUUGACCCUCUGGAGGACAUGAGGCUCAGACUUGAGUUCAGUACGCUGGAGGAGGAGGACGAGGAAGAGGCGAAGAAAGAGGAAGCUGAGAUGGCGGCGCUGGCUCAGACUCCUGGAAACUCGGAGUCGGAGCAGACGGAGGAAAGCCGGUUAGGUCUCGCAAACCUCAACACCAACAACAGCAACCGGCUCGCUGCGAAGCGCAGCUGUCCUGCGGCUUUUGACGACAGUGCUAGCACAGGAAACCCUUUGAAGGUGAAGCCGUCCUAUCAGUCCUGUAAAGACUGCCUUCGUCUGCCACAAGGUCGGCGCUGCGAGCGUCCAGCCGGAGGUCGUUCCCACCGCCUUAACCCCUCCCGCCACUGCACUAUCCCUUCCAUAUGCAUAGAUCCGCCAGGGACAAACUUUGCUUCCACGUCACUUCUGCAGUCUCUGGCAGCUCCCGCGGUCGUUGUCCCGCCGAACUUGGUCCAGCCCUGUGCUCACCUUUACCACUGCAUCACAUGUGCCCCGUCUGUCCCACUAGCCAACCGACAGAAAUCGCUCUCGCCCAUGAGCUGUGAGGAGACGCCGCCAGACUGCGGCUCAGCAGAGGCGGAGGACAUGGAUGAACCAACACAUGGGGAGAGCGUGGAAGUGCAAAUAUCCAGAGAGGAUACAGGGGACAUCAGUGCUACUGCGACUGCUGAGGGUUUAAAUUUGCAACCUGCUGAGGCGGUGGAGCUCCAGCUGCCAGGACCAGGCGUAGCUUUUGGUCUGGACCUCAUGUGACAGACGGCAGUGCAGCUUCAAAACCUGCCAAGUUUGACCAUGGAAGGCCAGCUCUCAGUGGGGCCCCUGCCUUAAAGAAGGAGCUGGAGGAGGUGGAGGUUUUACCGCCGCCUCUACUGAGUACACAAUGAUGGCUGAGGGCCUGCAAAAUGAAGCCUGUCCUGUUUUGUGUCGUCGUGUCCCCCGGCCACUGUUACAAGCUGCAGGUACUUUUGCGUCCACUGGCAUGUAGAGUCAGGUGACGCUGGUUGUUUUUGCAGAAGUCUCGGAUGCUCGUGCUGAGACUGAAGACUUCCUUGUGCCCUUCCUUGCCCCUGACUGAAGCCUGUCCAGUCUCUUCCUCACAAACAGGAUCAUCACACUUCCUCACAGUCCAGUGGAAAUGACCGUCAUGCUGCCAUUUAAUCUAUAAGAGACAGGUUUGGUGUCAUCUUUAAGCAGGAAUCGUGCUCUCCGAGAUGCACUUGUGUUCCCGUGCGACUCCUCGUCAGAGCCGUAGUUCACACUUUGAUGUUGGCGGAAAGAAGAACACCUGGAUGAACAUGUUGCUGUUGGUUUGCUGUGUGUUUAUUAAUGGAACUCAUCGAGUGGAGCUCGACAUGGAGCCUGUUUGAUUGCAGUCAGUAUCUCCUCAUGUUACCACAGAUAAACAAAUCUCCCGUUCAGCCUCAAUUGUGUUUUCCCCGCUGCGGCCAUUUCUGCGUCACGUCAGGACAUUUCAUAAUCAUUUGUAAAAAAAAACAGAAAAAGAAAAAAAAGAAGGAUUCAAGCCGUUUUAUGCUCCUUUAAAAAGCGCCGUACCUCGGACCACAAGCAUCACCCGGACUGUUUUGGUCAAAGACUGUUUUGUCUCUGCUCAGUGGCUGGUUCGCCCCCUCGCCCUCCUCCACUGACGUUAAUGUAAUUACGUCCUUAAAGUGCUCAGUGUAGCCACACAUGACUUUGCAGUAUUACAGCACAUAUCCACAACACUAGGCCAGAAAGCAUUCAAGUCGCCUUUCAUUAUUCUUCUUUUUUUUUUGAAAUGCCCGAAAACUUCAAAUUGAAUUUGUCCUGAUUUAGUUUAACUGACCACAAAUGGCGUCAGUAAACAGGUUGAACUGCACCAAAGUCAUUGUUUUUGCUUGAAUGAAAGAACCUACGACACUGAGGCGUUAAGAAAACACUGAUUCACUUAAAUUUCCACCCUUAGCCAAAUCUUAUCUUAGAUCAUUUCUAAUGUAACCGAAGCCAUCACCCGAAUAUGUGUGAUCUUUUCGUUUCCCACCUUGUUACAAGCCAUGAAUCUGGGUCGUCAUUUAUCACGCAAAGCUUUCGUCGCAAACAUGUUGAACUACCUUUCCCUAAACCCACAAAUAUUUGCAAAGGCACACUCAUCGUGUAUAGAUUUAUCACUCGAGCACAACUGUAGUAUCCAUUCACACACUGCACAGGUAUAUUUCACUUGUAUAGCAACGUUAAAUCAGAAUUCAUUUAAGCAGGAAUCGACAAAAGGAGAGUCUCAAAUGUCUUGUAUUUUUGUCCACAAACCAAAAUGAUUUCUUUUGUCAUUUGGAGCAAAGACACCGGGAAAUAUUCACAGUUAAGAGGCUGAAAAAUCAGAAAACACAACCACAAACCACAAAUUCAUCGAUUAUCACGACAGUACAAAAAUACAUUUCAAAUAUCUUUCGCUGUAAGAAUCAUUCAUUUGUAGUUCUCAACACAAAUGUUCCGACCUUCAAAUUGCCAAGGUAAAAUAGUGUGAAUUAGAGAACACUAUUUGAAAAUGAACUAACCAGAUUACACUUAACUCAUCAACUACACAACAGCUUCUGCUCAGCCCACAGUCCAAGAGUUUAUACUUUUUAUAUUGUGUCCCUGUUCAAACAGCUUGAUGCACAUUUUUUGAAACUGUUUUGUUAAAACUGUGCCACCGAUCCAAAGUUGCUGCGCUGCCAGAUGUGUGAGUUGUUCUGAUUGGUUGGAAGCUUUUGUUCCCACUGUGUUUGGCGCACUGGUUGUGUCCGAAUAGUACCGAGCGAUGUUUAUAGGAAAAGCACACGCAAGUGUUAGAGUGUGUGUGCUUUAAGGAUCUGGAAGUGAAAGUCGUGGAAAGUAUUUAAUCAUCUUUUUCCUUUUUUGUGUUGCUGUAGAUAUUGCUUUUCUUCCGUUGAUGUAUUCCUUUAAACCUGUAUAGACUCGUACACACAACAAUAAUGCAUCCUCUGUUCUGUGUCCUCUUUUAACUGGAUGCCAGGGAGCUGCAGGUUUGCUCCAGUUAGAUUUCAGUCAUGUGGUUUUUGCCUUUAACCCGCUCUUGUCCUCAUGUGGACGUUUGAACAUGGCAAAACAACAGCACAUACAGAGUUCCACACACAAAGAACGGAAAGUGUGAUAAAGUAAAGAACUUGCUUUAAAGGACAUAUUGAAGUAAUAGUUUAUCAUAUUUAGACUUCUGCUGAACAAAUGAAUACACUAGUAUCUUAAUUAGUAACAAGACCUUCCUUACAACAUCUCAACACAAUUCCUUUAAUAUGAAUCAGAUUUUAAGUAAAUCACUAAAUACUCUGUGUAUGUGUGUGUGUGUGUGUGUGUGUACAUGUUUUUUCUAUCCUUAUGAGGACUAAAAAAUCCCUGCAAACCUAUCUUUGUUGUGGCAUUUUGACCUUGUGGGGACGUUUUGUAUGGUCCCCAUGAGGUUAAAGGGCUUUUUAAGGGUUAAGACCUAGUAUUAGGGUUAGUUGUGAUGAUUAAGGUAAGGGUAAGGGUAAGGGUUUCGGGAAUGCAUUAUGACUGAGAGGUUUCCUCACGGAGAUAGAAAAACCAGCGUGUGUGUGUGUGUGUGUGUUUCCAGACUGCAGCACUGUGUUUGGUCGUCUGCUUCAUGUGUUGAAUUUUCUUUUUGCAUUUAAGUGCCUUAACCUCGGCCUUAGCUCUGUCAUAAAGCAUCACAGGCUUUGCAAGACGUUACGUGACUGUGUUGUUGGUCUGAUUUGUAUUUUAUUUUAUUUUAUUAUUGUAUAUAACUUAUACCCUCAUGCCCGACAGUAACAACAAUAAUAAUAAUAAUAACCCGGCUCCUUUCAGUGUAGAACUCGGCCCAUCAUGUAUGCAAAAGACAUGCGCUCAUGCACAGCAGCCUCCUCUCCCUCACGUGAUGGACUUCCAUUUAUCAAUAGCCUCUAAUAAUACUGUAUUUGUUUGAUAUUGCUGAAACUUGUGGUACACUGUAUUGGUUCGAUAGCUGGCUGAAGAACCUUACUCGCUGGAAUGAGAACCAUCAUUUACAUUAUAACAUUAUAAAAAAGGAGAUGAAGAAGAAGAAGAAGAAGGGUUUGACAUUGACCAGUAUGUACAUAUUUUUCUCUACAAUUUGUUAUUGAGUACAUUUGCUUGCAUUUGUGGUCAGUAUUAAGAAAAGCACUAAUAAAUGCUACUGCGUCUCGCAAAAAAAUACUUCUUCUGUUUUAGGCACAGCAAAAAAAAAGCGACUUGGGGCCCCAUCUCUUAUUUAGAUAAAUGUCCUGAAGCACUAGUAAAAAAUGAAAAAUGAUUAGUAUUAUUGUUUUUUUGUUUUUGUUUGUUUGCAUUAUUCCCAGGCAGCAGGCAUCAAACAGACAAUCUAAACUCGAGGGCCAGAAGUUGAGAGAGAGAGAAAGACAUGUCGUAUUUUCAGGGGGUGGUGGGGCAUUUAUAGAGUGUAUCUACAGAGCACAAGUUUGCCCCAAAGCAAGUGUGGGAUGAGUGAACGUUAGAGAAUAAUAUGGUGAUGAAACGAUUUGGUUGAUUGUUUUGUUUCUUUGUGUUGAAUUUCUGUAAUGUACUGUACAUUACCAAUGUUCAUGUGUAAUGCACUUUUUUUACAUUUUGUUAAAAUGAUGUCCAGUCUAAUGUUUAUCAUGGAAAUAAACCAUUUCCUCUGCA